GAGGUGGUGAGUCUGGUGACUGGUUAGAGAGCGGAAUUCACAAUAAUCAGUACCACAAUUGGCAAAAAAGAAUUCCGUUCCCUUUCUUUUUACGUACCCUACGUUCCAUUCAUAUCUAUAUAUAUAAGGUAGAGAGGGACUACUUCAUUUGUCUGCUCUCCAAACCCUCUGGUGCAAUGAUUGAUGUGAAAAUGCCUUAACAUUGAAGCAUUCUAGAAUGGAAGUCUCUGCUUCAAGCAUAUCAGAAUAUGAUGAGAGAAAGGCGUUGGAGGUUUUGCUUGAUGCAUUUGGUUCCACAUUUUCCCUUCAAGAAAUAGCUCAUGCUUAUUGUGAGGCAGGCCGAAAUGCAGAUUUGGCUGGUGAAAUUCUAUAUGACAUGAAUGGAAGCACCUCCACCUCUACUAUUCAUGCAUCCAAUCAGGCUACUGCUACAUGUAAUAAGGAGGUGAAGGAUGAUCCAUCUUCAGAGUGCUAUAGUAAUAUUUCUGAACAUCCAUGUCCUGCAGAUGGAAACCCCAAGGCUUCAAAGCCAAAAAGACGUCCUGUUUCAGUGGGCACUAUUUCAGGUGUUAUUGGUAAAAGUUAUGCUAGAUGCCCAGCUUCAGCAAAUGAAUCUUGUGUGGCAACCAAACCAUUGAAACUGGAUAUGACAAACUUUCCUAUGUUUGAAUGUCAAGAUAAUGAAGAUAAGUUUGAUUCUGCGAAGGACGAUCUUAUGCACAAGGAUAUUGAGGAUUUCAUAUUUAAAAUGCUUGGACAUGGGUUUCAGCUGGACAGGGGCCUGAUUCAAGAAGUUCUUGAUAAUUGUGGAUACGACAUUACAAAGGGUAUGGAUAAACUACUUGAUAUGUCAGCAGCAACUUUGGAUGAAACGAACAGUAAUCUUCAUGAAUCCAGUCAAAAGUUUACAGAUUAUCGUCCAAAAUCAAGAUCUCUUAUGGGUCAAAGGAAGUCAGAAUAUAUGACUGGUGACCGAAGGAUUUCGAAUACAAAAGAACCAGAAUUAACUGGGGAGAAAGAGAGACGAAAUCUGCAGAAGGAAGUUUUGGCUGCUUUGUUUACCACUUCUGAGAGGCCUGAGGAGUUGCCUGCAAGAACAGCUAAACCCAGGCCAGUGAGAAAAUCUAGAGUAGCAGGAAACCUGGUGCUAGAACCUUUUAAGGAUGUUGAAGAGUACAAGAUUGAUGACUUGUUUUCUAAGCAAAUGUAUGAGGACGCAGAUGGGGAGGAAGAUGACAGCUACCAGGACCUUCGUCAAGCAGUGAAGGAGUACAGAACUACAAUGAAAGAAUAUUACAAAGCUGCUGUCAAUGCAUUUGCCAAUGGAGAUCAUGUUAAAGCAGACAAACUGCUAGAAAAGGGACAUUUUUUUCACAAUAAGGCUUGUGAAGCAGAUGAAGAAUCUGCACGAAAGAUCUUUGAAACUAGAAAUGUGGAAACAGAAGAUGAAAUGUCGCUUGACUUGCAUGCUCAUGAUGCCAAGGAGGCAAUACUGAUUCUAAAGAGUCAUCUCUCUUCACUUUCUGGCAUCCCAUCUAUUAAGUUCCUCAAGGUUAUCAUGGAGACUGGCGAGGAAAACAUUUCAAAAGGAGGGGCUCGUAAGCGACUGAUUAUGAAGCUAUUGGAGAAGCAUUCCAUUAAGUGGACCGAAGGGAGCAAUGCUGGAAUAAUAUUGAUCCGGGUGGAUGAAAUCAAUCCUCAACGGCUGAGUUUUGCCAGAAAGUAACAGAAUCAGCCCUCCUCUAUAAACUACUCGUUGUGGGUGGCAUGGGAUUUUUAUUAUUUUGUUCUCUAUGCCAUAAGCUUUGAAGCUUUGCAAUGUCAUAUCACACCUUAUCAUUCUCAUUCUCCAUUUUGGUAUUCCGUAUCCAGGAUUUUCAUACCUUGGUAAUUGUAAUUCUUGAAAUCAGGGAUGAUAAAGAGAAUUUCCGAAUCAAAAACUUUCGUUUGAAUGGACAUUGAUAUUUCUCUUCA